AUGUCUCCAAUCAUAAUUCUGUUUUUCCUAGUGGCUUCUUCUUCUUCAAUCAAGAUUGCAAUUGCGCAAUCAAUACCGUCUUGCGCACAAAGCCUGGCACCUUGUCGCGCUUUCCUCAUGAACAAUACAUCUCCGCCGACGUCUUGCUGUGAAAUGCUCAAAGAAAACCUAUCGUGUCUUUGCAAUGCAUCUAGUUUAUUCUCGAGUCUCAAUAUUAACGAGACGGAAGCCCUUACUCUUCCUGCCCGCUGCAAAAUCACUGGUGGAUCCUGCUCAAAUGCUACUGAUUCAGCAUCUCAGCCACCACCAGGUAAAUAA